GGAACUCUAUUCUAUCAAUGAAGUAGUAAGGAGAUUCUGGAGGAAUAGAAAGAAAGGAGAAAAGCAUUCCUAAGCCUUCUGAAGUGUUAGCGUGCGUUAGGCUCUCUAAGACCUCGUCGGCUUUAUCCGCACUUCAUAGACCAAGACAAAUCAUAAUUUCAAAAUGAAAUACAUCAUUGGUAUCGGCGGCGUGACCAACGGUGGCAAAACCACGUUGACGAAUGGAUUGCUGAAAACAUUGCCUAAUUGCUGUGUAAUACAUCAAGACGACUUUUUCAAGACCCAAGAUCAUAUAGAGGUCGGGGAAGACGGCUUUAGGCAAUGGGAUGUCAUCACCUCCUUGGACAUGGAGGCAAUGGUUAACACAGUGAAGGGCUGGCUGGAGAACCCGGUGAAGUUUGCCCGCUCUCACGGUGUGACUGUGUCACCUUUUGCCGAGGACCCCGAGAGGGACACGCACAUACUCAUCGUCGAGGGAUUCCUAAUCUACAACUACAAGCCUUUGGUUGAAAUCUAUGACAAGUCCUACUACAUCACCAUUCCAUACGAGGAGUGCAAGAGGAGAAGAAGCUCAAGGACGUACACAGUCCCCGACCCACCUGGUCUGUUUGACGCCCAUGUUUGGCCCAUGUACUUGAAACACCGAAAAGAGAUGGACAACAACUGUAAUGCUAUUGUAUAUAUGGAUGGCUUGAAAUCAAAAGAUGAGAUCUACAGCUUGGUGUUUGGAGACAUUCAAAAUACCUUGUUGAAUAGCUAAUAGUGGGACCAGUGGGCCGAAGACUUUGUGUAUAGAAUUGUAAAUAUCUUACUUCAGUUAACAAAACAAAAUGUCUACAUCUAAUUGAACCUCUGUACUGUACAUUAUACAAUGAAAGCUAACUUAUUCACUGUAACUAAAGACAGAAGCUAGGGAUUUUGUAUUGUUACAUAUUGUGAACCUUUUUUAUUUGAAUUACCUCAGGCUUUGCCAAAUGCUGUACUGCAGCUGGCACAAAGGCUGACUUUUGUUUUCACCCAAAUGUUAACCUUUGCUUGAAGUAUUACUGUCCUCAUACAAAGAGACAUUUGAAUCGA